AUGGGUUCUGAUCCAAACACGGCGAGCUUUCUGGGCUCGACCUCCACCGAUUUUCCUCGCACUCACGAAAAGAUACGUGAACCAAAGGACACACCGUAUUUCGUUGAGAACGAAUUCCGAAUGUCCCAAUCCAAACACUUCGUGCCUGUCCAUGAUCCUGCGACAAAUAAUUUGGUGACCAGGGUUCCAAUGAUGACCACCGACGAAUUGCAGGAUGCCAUUGAUUCCGCGCAGAAAGCAUUCAGCUCCUGGAGCAGACUCUCCAUCAUUGCCCGACAGCAGAUCAUGUUUCGCUACGUCGCAAUAAUCAAAGAAAACUGGGACAGACUUGCCGCCUCCAUCACCCUGGAGCAAGGCAAAACAUUUGCAGAUGCGCGAGGUGAUGUGCUUCGUGGGCUACAAGUGGCUGAAGCUGCAUGCGCCGGUCCUGAGUAUAUGAAGGGAGAGAUUCUUGAAGUUGCCAAAGACAUGGAGACGAGGACUUACAGGGAGCCUCUUGGCGUUGUUGCCGCAAUCUGCCCGUUCAAUUUCCCGGCAAUGAUACCGCUUUGGUGCAUUCCGAUUGCUACCAUCACUGGCAACACGCUGGUGCUGAAGCCCUCCGAGCGAGAUCCCGGGGCUGCCAUGAUUCUUGCUGAAUUGGCCGAAAAGGCCGGGUUUCCAAAGGGCGUGAUCAACGUGGUCCAUGGUGCGCACGAUACCGUCAAUUUUCUCCUAGACUGCCCGGUGGUCAAAGCCAUCAGUUUUGUUGGAAGCAAUAAGGCUGGUGAGUAUAUCUUCACUCGCGGCUCUGCGAAUGGCAAGAGAGUGCAAGCAAAUCUGGGCGCGAAGAAUCAUGCAUUGAUCAUGCCCGACUGCGACAAGGGAGCGACGCUGGACGCUAUUGUCAGUGCGGCCUUUGGAGCUGCCGGACAGCGCUGUAUGGCACUGUCGGUCGCAGUGUUUGUUGGUGAGACCCGAAGCUGGGUUGAUGAGCUGGUGGCAAAGGCGAAGACUCUCCGCACUGAUGCUGGCUUUGAAGCUGGCGCUGACCUCGGUCCUGUUGUGACACCCGAGAGUAAAGCGAGAAUCGAGUCGCUUAUCGCAAGUGCGGAGGCAGAGGGAGCCAAGAUCAUUCUUGAUGGCCGCGGGUAUAAGCCAGCAAGAUACCCAAACGGUAACUGGGUCGCACCGACGAUCAUCGCCAACGUCAAGCCAUCUCAGCGGUGUUACCAGGAGGAGAUAUUUGGCCCCGUGCUGGUGUGUGUCGAGGUUGACACGCUCGAGGCUGGUAUCGAACUCAUUAACAAGAAUGACUAUGGGAACGGCGCUGCUGUUUUCACAUCCUCAGGUGCUGUUGCAGAGAGGUUCCGGCGCAAUAUUGAGGCAGGCCAAUUGGGCAUAAAUGUGCCAAUUCCAGUGCCUCUCCCAAUGUUCUCUUUUACAGGAAACAAGAAGAGUGUGGCUGGAGGGGGAGCCAGUACCUUUUAUGGGAAACCCGGUGUCAAUUUCUACACGCAGCUGAAGACGGUCACUUCCAAAUGGUCAAGCGUGAGUAUUGCACCAACCAAGGCAGAGCUGUCAAUGCCUACUGGAUUGUAG